UACUUUAGUCAUUUGUUCUUGUUUCGUUACUGUUUUUAGUUUUCCGAAAGGUUUCAUUUCCCUGGUACCAAUCCCAUCGGAAAACUUUGAAUUUUACGAUGUUUUGGAUACAAAUAAGCUUUUUCAUUUGUUUUGGAAAUUCAACGAGACACAUAUAACGUUUGAACUUCAUGCGAAGACACGAGGCUACAUUGGGUUUGGAUUGUCACCGAAUGGUAAAAUGUUUCCGUCCGACGUUGUUAUGGGAUGGGUAAAAAAUGGAAAUGUACAUUUUGCAGACUACCAUACGACUGAACAUUCAGCACCAGUGAAGGACCGUUCUCAAGACUAUAUCUUACUUAACGGAGAAGAAAAUGAUUUUGGUACUGUUUUAAAGUUUGUUAGAAAACUGGAUACAUGCGAUGAAAAUGACUACAAAAUAUCGGAUGACACUGUUAGAAUAAUAUAUGCUCACAGUGAAGAUGAUCCUAAUGAUGAGAACGAUCUGAGAUGGCACGGUACAGAGGGUCGUGGUGUUAAAUUUAUGUACCUCCUCAAUGCUGUUACCAAGCCUGACCUAUCGGGUAACAUUAUCACCAGAGAUAUGACACAGACAAAUUAUCACGUACCCCCACAAGUUACUACUUACCGGUGUAAAGCAUUUACCUUGUCAGAUCUAGGAAAGAAACAUCACAUGAUUAAGUUUGAGUCACACAUUCAGCGUGGUAUGGAACCAUUUGUCCACCACAUUCUCGUCUACAAAUGUCCCCCACUCACCAAAGAAUGGAUAAAUAAGGACUAUUUUUGUUAUCUUAAUGGUAGAGAAGUGGCACCAUGCGGCAGUGUCUUCUUUGGUUGGGAGUAUGGAGGACAGGACUUCUAUUUCCCCGACAAUGUUGGUAUGCCUAUCGGUGAGCCAGAAGACGAUGCAACAUAUAUAAUGGAAGUACAUUAUAACAAUCCUGAAAUGCGUAGUGAUCUAGUGGAUAGUUCAGGCAUGCGCAUUACAUUUACACCAGACCUCAGGAAAUACGAUGCGGGACUGCUUACUACUGGAGUUCAAAUUGGUCCAACUCAUAUGAUUCCGCCUCAUGAAACUGACUUUGUAAACACAGGCUUCUGUCAGGCAGAAUGUUUAGAACAGGGACUGAAAGAUAUGCCAGGCCAGCAAGUCAAAGUAUUUGCAGCAUGGCAACAUUCUCAUCUGUUGGCUUAUGCUAUGACAACAAAACAUCUACGAAACGGAAAAGAAAUCGAACCAUUUGCAGAUGAUCAAGCUUAUGAUUUCAAUUAUCAACAAAUAAGGCUUCUCAGAAAAGAAGUUCCAUUGAAAAUGGGUGAUAGUCUAAUUACACAAUGUACAUAUGACUCGACUUCUAGAACCAACUUGACACUGGGCGGCGAAGCUACUACAGAUGAGAUGUGUAUUUCCUUCAUAUUCUACUAUCCCAGGAUGCCUUUGGACGGCUGUUUAGCUGACCCAAUCUUUGAUACCAUCCCAGAAAUAAAAGAUAUGAAACCACCAGAGCAAGUGAAAUUUCUACAGGGUUACAACUGGAAGGACCGCCAUGCUAGACUUCUGUUCAGGAAUAAUAUGGAGAAAACAAAAUAUAGGUCAUCAUGUUAUGCAAGAAACCCGUCAUUUCUUAAUUUCAAGACUGUGGAUAGACUACGUCCAACAGAAGUAUAUCACCCUCCUCAGAGGGAUUGCAAAAAAGACAGUGAUCAAGUUUAACUAACGUCAGUACUAACAAGAAGAUAAAAAGUGAUGUAAACGAUGAAAUUAACACGAAACACACGUUGAUUAUCACACUACAAACUGUGAUAUCUUUUUACUGGUGUCAUUUAUAUGUGUUGUUUUUUUAUAUCAAAAAAGUAAAUAAACUGUAAACGGUG